GAUUAUCGAUUACAAGCUCACUGGUCCAAAGUUCAGCACCCACCAACGCCUACCGUGAUGGAUGUGAUUGAAACAGGAGCAUCAUGCAUGUAAGAACUUUGUCUUGCAGAGUUCUUCAUUUUUUACUCAACCACGGUGACGUCGCCUCCAGCAAUCCGUGUUUUAGGCGACAUGAUGCCGCUACCCUGCUGGUUCGGUGUGCCGUUCGGGGCUACUACAACACCGGGAAACCCAGGUUCCCUGGCCCUUGCGGGGCGACCCACGUCCGGGUGGUGGACCUCCGCAGCGACACCGUGACCAAACCCGGGCCGGCGAUGCGCCAGGCCAUGGCGGAGGCCGAGGUGGGGGACGACGUGAUGGGGGAGGACCCCACGGUGAACGACUUACAGAAAAUUGCAGCAGAUAUGUUUGGGAUGGAGGCUGCCCUCUUUGUCCCCUCUGGAACCAUGGGUAACCUCAUUGCAGUAAUGGUGCACUGCAGGGAGCGAGGCGACGAGGUGAUUGUGGGCGAUCUGUCCCACUUGCACAUCUACGAGCAAGGAGGCAGUGCUCAGCUGGCCGGUGUCCACUCCACCACAGUGACCACUCGGUCAGAUGGGACAUUUGACUUGAAGCAGCUGGAGUCAAAGAUUCGUCACGGUUACCCAGACCCACAUUACCCACGCUCGCGCCUCAUAUGUGUGGAGAACACACACAACAUUCAGGGAGGACGCGUGCUGCCUCUGCACUUCCUGCAGGAUGUUCGUGCUGUAGCAGAUCAUUAUGGUCUGUCUGUCCACAUGGAUGGAGCCAGGGUGAUGAACGCCGCUGUGGCUCAGGGGGUCCCUGUGGCAACUAUACUGCAGCACACACACACAGUCAGCGUCUGCCUUUCCAAGGGUUUGGGGUCCCCAGUAGGUAGCAUGCUCGCUGGACCUCAGGACUUUAUAUCCAGAGCGGUAAGGUGCCGUAAAGCCCUGGGAGGGGGAAUGAGACAGGUUGGUGUUCUUGCAGCUGCUGGCAAGGUUUCUCUACAAGAAAUGGUGGGAAGAUUGGAGGACGAUCACCGCAAUGCCAAAGCCUUUGCUCUAGCUCUACUGGAAUACAACCCUUUCCUGUUUGGUGUAGAAAUGGCUGCUGUUGAGACAAACAUCCUGCGUUUCCAAAUUAAGGAUCCUACUUUGAGCCCACAGGAGUUUUGUACCCGCAUGAGUCAGGUCGGGGAAGGAGAGGAGGAGGCUCUGGGGCAGGGGCUACAGGUUCUCAUGUACCCUCAUUUUGAAAACUCCAUUAGGGCCGUGUGGCAUCUUGGGAUAUCUCCUGAGGACACCCAACUGGCCAUUCAGAAAAUGCAAUUUGUGGCUUUUCAGCACUUGAAUCAAAAAGCUGGGGUCCACUAAUGGGUUAUUUUUAAGUCUAAACACUGUUAAUAAUUGAUAAGGAAGUAAAAUGGACGAAAACAUAAAUUAAAUACAACAAAAAGCACUUUGUAUGUAGACCUUUAUAAUUUACUAUGCAUUAAAUUAAAUAAAGCACUGUCUGACUCCUGUAACAUUUUC